AUGCAGCUCUCGCUUCUCCGCCUGCUUCUCGCCGUCGCGCUGCUCUGCGUCAGCGCAGUCGUCGCCGCGCCCGGCACCGACACGCCGGCCCUCGAGCGCCGGACUCUGGACGGCUGCUUUGCCGCCAAGUGCUCGUGGGAUGAGACUUGCAAGCCGGCGACGUGCGUCAAGAAGCCGCACCCGGGCCCCAAGCCGUGCCACCCCAAGUGUGGCAAGACGCAGGAGUGCCGCGACGGCCACUGCAUCAAGAAGUACACGCCGCCCGUGCACCAGCCCAAGAAGUGCUGGCCCGCAUGCAAGCAUUCCGAGGAGUGCCGCGACGGCAAGUGUGUGCGCAAGCACGCACCCGAGCCCAAGAAGUGCCACCCGGAGUGCAAGCAUGGCUUCGAGUGCAAGGACGGCCGCUGCGUCAAGAAGCCCGAGCCCGUGCCGCAGAAGUGCCACCCGGAGUGCAAGCAUGGCUUCGAGUGCAAGGACGGCCGCUGCGUCAAGAAGCCCGAGCCCGUGCCGCAGAAGUGCCACCCGGAGUGUAAGCACGGAUACUCGUGCAAGAAGGGCCGCUGCGAGCCCACGCCCAAGCCCGAGCCGCUCAAGUGCUGGCCCGAAUGCAAGCAGCAUGGAUACGAGUGCAAGAAGGGCAAGUGCAUCAAGAAAGAUGAGCCCACCCCGCAGCCGAAGGUCUGUCACCCUGCCUGCCCCCGCCACGAGGAGUGCAAGGACGGCAAGUGCACGAAGAAGCAGACAAUUCCCGUCCGCACCUGA